UUUCUCUCGCUCUCUCUGGGCCCCCUCCUGCCGGCAUCCCUUGGCCGGCCCAUCCUCCUCGCCGGUGCGCCGACCCCAGACGGCCCCGCCGCCGCUCCCUUCGCCCCCUAUUCGGCCCCGCGCCCUGCCGCGACCCCGCCGUCCCCUCGGAGUCGCCUGGAUUAACCGUGCUGAUCCGGAGGCAACGUCAUAGGAACUGCUAAGAUGGGCAUGAGGAUCAAACUGCAAAGCACCAACCACCCCAACAACCUGCUGAAGGAACUCAACAAGUGCCGGCUCUCGGAGACCAUGUGUGAUGUCACCAUCGUGGUGGGGAGCCGCUCCUUCCCGGCCCAUAAGGCCGUGCUGGCCUGUGCAGCUGGCUACUUCCAAAACCUCUUCCUGAAUACGGGACUUGAUGCUGCCAGGACUUAUGUGGUGGACUUCAUCACCCCUGCCAACUUCGAGAAGAUUCUGAGCUUUGUCUACACGUCAGAGCUCUUUACAGACCUGAUCAAUGUUGGGGUCAUCUAUGAAGUGGCCGAGCGUCUGGGCAUGGAGGACCUCCUUCGGGCCUGUCACUCCACCUUCCCUGACCUGGAGAGCACUGCUGUGGCCAAAUCCUUGACCACCACCAGUGAGAGCCAUUCUGGUACCCUGAGUUGUACCUCAGCAGAACCUGCCCAUCCCCUUGGAGAGCUCCGAGGUGGCGGGGAGCACUUUGGUCCUGAUAGAAACUAUGUGUUGCCCAGUGAUGCUGGAGGAGGCUAUAAAGAGGAAGAGAGAAAUGUCACCAGUGACACUAACCAUAGCUUGCCUCUUCCACAGCUGCCACCAAAGACAGAAGACCAUGAUGCCCCUGCUCCCUUCACGUCCAUUCCCAGUACAGUGACCCAGUCGGGCCUAGGCACUGUCAGCAUGCGUGUCCAGACCAGCAUGGGCUCCUGCCAGCCGUACAAAGUUCAAAGCAACGGAGACUUCAGUAAAAACAGCUUCUUCGCUCCUGACAAUGCAAUAGACAUUACUACUGGGAGCAACUCCUGUCUGAGCAAUAGUGAGCAUUCCAAAGAUCCAAGCUUUGGGCAGAUGGAUGAGCUGCAGCUGGAGGACCUGGGGGAUGAUGAUUUGCAGUUUGAAGACCCCACCGAAGAGUUAGGCACAACCGAGGAGGUGAUUGAGCUGAGUGACGACAGUGAGGACGAACUGACUUUUGGAGAGAAUGACACCCGGGAGAAUAAGGCCAUGCCUUGCCAAGUGUGCAAGAAAGUUCUGGAGCCCAACAUUCAGCUGAUCCGGCAGCAUGCUCGGGACCAUGUGGACCUGCUGACAGGCAACUGCAAGGUGUGUGAGACCCACUUCCAGGACAGAAACUCCCGGGUGACCCACGUCCUGUCCCACAUUGGUAUUUUCCUCUUCUCCUGUGACAUGUGUGAAACCAAGUUCUUUACCCAGUGGCAGCUGACCCUCCACCGACAGGAUGGCAUAUCUGAGAACAACAUCAUUGUCCACCCCAAUGAUCCUCUGCCUAGCAAGCUGGGCCUGUUUUCAGGGGCAGCCUCCCCUGAGUUGAAAUGUGCUGCCUGUGGGAAGGCAUUGGCCAAAGAUUUCCACGUGGUCCGGGGCCACAUCCUUGACCACCUAAACCUGAAGGGCCAGGUUUGCAGUGUUUGUGACCAGCGCCACCUCAACCUCUGCAGCCUUAUGUGGCACACACUCUCCCAUCUCGGCAUUUCAGUCUUCUCCUGCUCUGUCUGUGCCAACAGUUUUGUGGACUGGCACCUCCUAGAGAAGCACAUGGCCGUGCACCAAAGCCUGGAAGACGCCCUCUUCCGCUGUCACUUGUGCAGCCAGAGCUUCAAGUCGGAGGCUGCCUAUCGCUACCAUGUCAGCCAGCACAAAUGUAACAGUGCUCUGGACAUGCGGCCUGGUUUUGGGCUACAGCACCCAGCUCUCCAGAAGCGGAAGCUACCUGCAGAGGAGUUCCUGAGUGAGGAGCUGGCUCUGCAGGGCCAACCUGGGAACAGCAAGUAUAGCUGCAAGGUCUGCGGCAAAAGGUUCGCCCACACCAGCGAGUUCAACUACCACCGGCGGAUCCACACGGGCGAGAAGCCAUACCAGUGUAAGGUGUGCCACAAGUUCUUCCGAGGCCGCUCGACCAUUAAGUGCCACCUGAAGACACACUCGGGGGCCCUGAUGUACCGCUGCACUGUCUGUGGCCACUAUAGUUCCACCCUUAACCUCAUGAGCAAGCACGUCGGUGUGCACAAAGGCAGCCUCCCGCCCGACUUCACCAUUGAACAGACCUUCAUGUACAUUAUCCAUUCCAAAGAGGCAGAGAAGAACUCGGACAGCUGACUGGGUCCCGGCAGAGCCAGGGCAGCUCUCAGGGGGCAGCCAGGACACAGAUUUUCUAAUGGCUGUUGGUCCCUCCUCAGCUGAAGUUACAAUUUUGCCUUGCUAGGAAUUCUGUUCUGUGUUGUGUUUAAAGAAGAAAAAUGAAGAAAUAGCACAUAAGCUAAGUUACUGUUUUUGAGAAGCAAUGGCCCUAUCGCGUUUACCUCCAUACCUGUUCUUGCCCAUGAAGGGCUGUGAGUUUGAUUCUUUUGAGGCUAGUUUUGGGAUCUAAUCAGACAGUUGGUGUCAACUAGAUCCCCUUCUCUAGCCUGUCUAGUUUUAGUUUACUGAUAGGUUUUAUGCUGCUAAGAAUCCAACCAACAGCCUCACCGAAUAGAGGAGGUGGAGAGAGGUUUUCUCAGUAGGAAUUACUGGAACAACCAGUUACAAGAAAGAUUUUGGAACUGUGGCUAUCCAGAAGGCUAUCAGCAGGGUGGCUUACCUCAGGUUUGAGUCCUAGCCCUCAGCAGGGAAAAGGUGUCAGAGAUGAAGGUGCCUGCUUGUUUCAUGGCCCUAAUCUGCUGAUUGGACAGUGAAAAAUCUUUGGCAGCUAGAUCCAAACUGAGACAAAGCUUUCUAUUUAGAGGAAGGGGUCGUUCAGAAAGCUUUUGAAUGAAUCUUUGCCAGCCAGAAGGGGUUGUCCUGCAGUGCCGCCAGAAGUGGCAGCAGGGGUGGACAGGAAGGAAGGUUUCCCUCUUCUCCUCAUUUCCAAAGAAGAAUGGUUUUACGGAGUGAUGACCCAGGACGUCAGGCCUUCCCUGUGGGGCAAAGAGAAUAGGGAGCCACUUUGAUACAGUCAUCUGUCAUUCUGGCCACCUCUGUCAACCUUGAGUUUCCUGGUGGGCAAGUGAGGAUGUAUCUGGCGGCAGGAGCCUUGCCUUAAUUUCCAUCCAGUCUCCCACCCAGAAGUGUGUUUGGCCUAUAGUGUAGAUGAGGAGACCCCAUGAGGUGGUGGAAUGGUGGACUCUGUGAGCUCUUCAGGAUUAAAGGGACCUGAGAAACUGGCGGUGUGUAGCAGAGUGUGCGUUUUGACUGUCCGAAUCGGAUACCACUGUUGUUUACUUUGUGCUAUAAGGGCCAGAGCUUUGGCAGCUCGUGUUUGACCUGCUGGAAUUUAUCCUGAUCUGUCAUUGCAUCACCUCCAGGGGGCGCUGUUGGAUGACGGCUGGUUCAGGUGGCUGGGGUAUCUGUCCAGUCCACAGGGCUGGCUGACUCAGUACUUAGUUGAUUUUUGAAGGGGUCUUGCCCAAAGAAGGCUGGAGGGAGAGGGCCCUCGGAUCUUGCAUACUCACAAAGUGGCACCUCCGUAACUCAUACUACCUCACCCUGCUCAAGUGAGCUCUGGGAGUCCUUGGCCUCCACCCCGACACUACCCCUGUUGGGACUCAGCAGCACUGGGCUGUUUCACAAGCAAGUGGUUUCAAUUAACUCACAAAGCCUUUUUGAAUACUAAUACUUAUUUUUUGUUUUUGUAUACAUAUUACCCAGCAUCUCUUUCAGAUAAGAGAUUUGAGGAAAAUGAGUUUCUCCUUAGCAGGUAGCCAUAGUCCAGGCAACAGUCCAGGCCAGAGAUUUGGAGGCAGGGGAGAACAUGUCAAGCCUUUUCAAAAAGCAAAUUCUUUCUCUCCAGGUAGUCUUUACCAGAGUAAACCCAGAGAACACUUUAGGCAAUGGACACAUGUUGUAGAAAGUUGGGACCAAGGACUGUUCAAUAAUGGGGUCCAGUUAAAUUCCCAGAUCUUUCACCCCCAUUCCAUCCUGUAAUGGAGUAGACCAGGACUGAGUCUAGGGGAUCACGUCUCAUGAAGGACCUAUUUGUAUAUCUUAGCCUUCCUAAAUCUGGAAAGUCUCCUGUCCUUGUCUCCCUCCCUGAUGGACCUGCUGCCUGUCUCCCCAGCUGUGAAUUGGAGAAGCCUCAGUGUUGGAGUGCCUGGCUCUCUGGUGGGGUGACAGUAGAUAAAGGGACUUGUACAGUGGCUA